AGAAAGUCAGUCCGAUGUUGGCGCCGCAACAGACGUACCGGUGGUAGGACGCGUCUCCCUGUAAAAAGCCACCCUUCCGCCCCCACUUGCCUCACCCACUCCGGAAUCGGGGGUACCACCCGCGACCGCGCGCUCCGCUGUCGAUUAAUAUCGCGCGGGGGCACCGAAAGAGGGGGGCAAAAAAAAAGAGGAGCAAAGCGAGGAGAGCGCGGAUGUGCCGCGCCGAUUGUUUACGCGAAGGCAACAUUGUUGAGAAAUAUCUUGGAAGAGGAAGAGGCAAAUCGUUCGCGUCCCAGAUCCGUAUCCAGUGGGGGAUCGAGAUCGAUCCUCGGUGCUAAUCGAGGGUGUGGACCACGUAUCCGCGGGAUUACCAGUGAUCAACGAGCGGGUCGCGGUGCACGCAGUGCCUUUUUCCUUUCGUCCUUCGUUUUUCGCGCGCGGGUUCACCGUCUUCGCUGUCUUUCGGUCCCGCCCCUUCCGGUUGGCGCCGUCAGUCCGACGUCCGGUCUCCGCGUGGACGCUCUAAAGUGGCUGAGUGACUCUUCGUCCCUGCCGUGGGUGGCUUAUUCUCGUCCCGUUCUUUCGCUGAGAGCCGCAGCAUGCUUUCGUCCUCGAGGGCUUUCCCGCCGAUUCUCGCCGUGGCGCUCGUCGUCUGCAUCGGUGUCGCGCAUGGUAUUAGAUGUUACAAAUGUGGACAGUACAACGACGGAGUUGGCAGCAUUACACCGUGCAUUAAUCACACCGCACACAUGCUGAUGGAGUGCCCACACGAGGACAAAUGGUGUAUCGUAAGUGUCGCGCAUGGUAUUAGAUGUUACAAAUGUGGACAGUACAACGACGGAGUUGGCAGCAUUACACCGUGCAUUAAUCACACCGCACACAUGCUGAUGGAGUGCCCACACGAGGACAAAUGGUGUAUCAAAUACGUCAGCGAAGGAUCGACGGUGCGAGACUGCGUGGCCGAGUGCGUGGAGAAAGAGGCCUGGAGCGGGGGGACGUACUGCUGCCAGCAGGACGGCUGCAAUUCCGGCCCGUCGUUGACAGCGUCGAGCAGCACGUACUUCGUCCUGGCGAUCUCGCUGGCGGUCCUCAUGGUGUGCCGAAGCCUUCGUGGCUAAUACGUGUCGUCUGGCAAGACGUGGGACCCGCGCCGUGGCCUUCCUUCACAAAACUUCAAUCACAAAAACUUGCACGGUGCGGGAGGUGGGAGGGGAACGUUGCAUCUUGCACCUUAGACGUCUGCGCCGAACGAUCGGGGCUUUCUACGUGCGGAUAUCACGGAGACGUCGAUAGUCGUCCUUUGGUCCUUCAAUCCUUUCGUCAGAAAGCUGAAUGAAACCUCACGUUACCGUUUGUAAUCGAACAUAUCCUCCCUCUCGUGACGAUUGACGCGUGCUUUCUGCUUUCUGAUAUCAGUUACUCCGUUUAACCGAGAUAAAGUUGAAAUUCGAGAUAAUCAGCGAAUGCGCAUUGUGCCCCUCGAAAGAACGUUCUAUUGACUUUAUCACAUUGACCGCACAGUGAUCAUUUAUUAUGGAAGUUGGCAUUGAUGUGUUAUUUCUGUUGCUUUUACCAACUGACGGAUCGAUCGAUUUAUCAGUAAACGCCGAGGCAACAUUUCUUCAAAGUUGAUAUCUCUUAAAGUACAUCUACUGCUUCGCACAAUAGAUUUACUAUUCAAAUAUUCAAUUUUCAAAGUGCUUGUUGUAUACAUUUUUCAAACACUUAAAACAUUUUUUCAAUUUUCCUUUCUUUCGGAAUUAUAAUACCGAAAAGAAUAAAUUUAACGUCAAGAGUAUAAUUAUUCCGUUUUCAAAGAGAUCAACUUGUCAAGUAAAUUUUACGGACUUUUUGUUCAAAAGACAAAAAAUUACAAGAAAUGCACACUAAUAAAAUGUUAUAUCAGAACUAUUUCCAGACAUUUACAUUCUGAUUAAAUGUCACGUAUAACCGAUUCGUGUCCGUCGCCCUCCCAUUUCGCGUGACGGUAUCCACGUCGUACAAUCACGGCCGACUCAAUUUAGCGAACGCUGAAUGCACUUGCUAAACUCGACCGAGUUAAGUGACGCGGAGAAAUCGGCUCGUUAAAUCCGUUGCGUUAUCGCGCCAACUUCCCCCCUUCGUUCGCUCUAUUAAAUUCGCACGUUUCCGCAUACUUUUACAGAUCGACUACCCUCGUUUAAGUUCCCUCGAUCGGAUUUGAUUGAAAUUUCGUUUAGCAAGUCUCGCUCCUCGAAUUGAGAUCUCGCCUACGGCAGAUGAGGCGACAUCUCGCAUAAAAAUCACUGUUAUCGAUGACGGACUCGUUACGAAUUUUUCUUUGUCAUCCAGAUGGCAACGAGAAGAUUGUGUGCGAAAGUUUUCCAAAAAUAUCUGGCUCAAUGCCUCGAGAAAACUCUAGAGAUAUUUCGCACGCGAUUUCUCGACAAGGAAA